AUGCAGGUUAGAUUCAUCGGGAACCAUCCUGUGGACUGGAAUCCUACGACUACGACGGACCCACCAUCAACUGCUGUCCAGACCGAAGAGCCCAUAGCACCCAAUCCUAAAUCAGUCGGCGAAAAUGAUGACGAUGACAGUGGAGCACCUCGAACAGAUGCUGAUGUUUGGGAAGGCUUCAAGCAAUUUCUCAAAGCGGCGCGCGACAAUCUCCUGCCUCAUUCUGACGAUGACGGAGUCGACUAUAAUACCAGACAGAGAAUGAACAUCACACUCCUUCUGGAAAUAAUGGAGGAUUCCAGCACUAGAAUCAAACGACUUAGUGUUACAGAAAUGCAGCAUGACUUUAUGCUAUAUGAACACGACGACAAUCUUCAGAAUUUGCGACGCUUCUAUAGGAGCGUUUUUGCUGUUCUGGAUUUUCAGCUUACCAAUGCUUUAAAAGGCUGGCUGACCAAGAGCAAGCAAGCACGCGAGACUGCCGAUCGUGCGGCCCAGAGACAAGUGCCCAUGUGGUACGGCGGCCGUUGCUUUCUUUCUGGUACAAUUGACCCCCAAGGGGCGCAUAUUGUGCCCGUACAGCAGCAAAUGCAGAAACAGAUUCGACAGAUGCAGGAAACCGAGAAGCUUAUUCAGGAACACCAAAGCGUGAUGUAUGAGCAUAUGCAGAAGCUCGCCGCCGCUGUUGAUCAGCAAUCCUCCACAGGCGCCGGAAAAGGCGAACCAGUGGAACCACCGGCGAAGAUGGGGCCCGUGCAGCAGAAAACGGCUUUCAAUGCAACGGAAGGGCCGAUAGACGACAUACUCAGAGGCGCGACACAAGCCAUGGAAGCUCUGAAUGUCGGCGGGAAUUCAGCUGAUGCGGGUCUCGGUGGGGGACAGGCGGCUGUUGCCAAGACAUCUCCCCCGUUGCAGCACGAUUUAGAUCUACCGAGCUCGUCCAAGGGCAAAGGCAAGGAAACAGAAACGACGACCGCUGAGAAAAAGUCUGGAGAAGCAGUUGGGCACGAUACUUUGAUCCCCAGGAAUCCUGAGCAGGAGAAGUACAAACGCAUGUCGGCGCAAGAUAUUCAACAGCAUUUCCACGACGGACUGGGCAAGCUAGAAGAUGCGUCGAGUAGUGCUCAGAAACAGUUCAGUCACGAAAAGACUAGGACCGUGGCCCAUCCCCCAUCACAGAUACCAUCCCUGCGCCAAGCCCUCCAGCUUUGUCAAGCUCCGUGCAGCCCACUGGCCUGGGGCUUCGUCUACAGCAAAGCUCGUCUGCCGGAGAACACACUCCUGGCCAGGCAAAUUUGA